ACACCAAGUGAUAUUACAUAAUGCACUCUAUAGCUCAGCCUACAUGACCAUCAUCAAAGAUGCAACGAAUAAUUUAGACAUGCAUCUGUCACAGAUUGAUAACAAAACAAAAUAGCUGCUACACAAAAGAAAAGUUUUCUCUCUCAACAGUUGCCCACAGCCCCCGGGCAUCAUGGAAACCACAUCACAUGACAAAAUAAACACGCCAGUACAGUUGAACAAUGUGCAAUAAAUAUACAAAUACCUCUGGCGUCACCAAAGAAAGCAAAAUGCUGUUACAUGGAUUUUUCUCCUCACAUCAACACCCCUAACAUGAGAGAAGGACAACUUGAGAGAAGAGAGGGAGAGAUAGGGGGAGAGUGGGGUGCCAUCUGUACUUUUGUAACAUCUUUUUUUUUACACAUUUCAGACAUCUGCCCUUUUUUUUAACACAUCACAUUUUCUUUUUUAACACCUCACAUCACCACAAUCGCGCCCCCCAGAAGAACUCUGGCGACCCCGAGGAGAGGCUCACUUUGAGAAGCCCUGCACUUGAGCACCUGCCCCCCAAACUGUCUGGGGACGGCCCUGGGUGUGAUAUUAUUUCCCAGGUGGAUUUGUGUUUGGGAUGUACUCCACGCUGCUGUGACAAACUUGUGCUUGACGCGGUCGAACCACUGGGUGGAGUGAGAUCUGCUCUCUCAAACCCAGAGUGAACUUUGGCACUGAAGUCUCCACCUGGAAUGUGGGCCAAUCUCUGGUCUCUGGGUGCGGUCAUAUGACUCCCAGCUGAAUGAGACUCAACAACGGGCUGCAAAUCCUCUGCUGGAAACAUUUCCACAAGCUCCGGAGAUCUGGAUCCUGAUUCUCACCUGUUGGAGGAAGUCGCUCCAGGUGACUGCGCUCGGCUGCGCGCAGGGAGAGAUGUGUUAGGGGAGGGCGUCGUGUGCCAGAGGACGAUGACAGGACCGUCUCCAUGUCUCAGCUCCGUGGAUGCAGCUGCUCGUCUCUACCUGUGUGAACUCUGUCAGACAUGGACAGCCUGAGUGACGGGAGUCCGCGGCAGGAAGCGGUGGAGCAGGAGAGGAGCCCAUCACCGGACAGUCUCCAGCCAGAUGUCCGGUCCGGCAGGAGGGUAGCGACGGUCAGCUCUCCCGCUCUGUCCGCCGCACGACUCACCUUGCCAGGGAUCAUGGACGCCGAGGGCAGGGUGGACGAGUCAAGACUGAGGAUGCAUAUAUUCAAAAACGGUGGUGUGUCUCCCUCCGAGCGGGGCCUGGUGUGGCGUUUCCUGUUCGGGAUGUACCCGUGCAGCUCCACGGCUUUAGAGCGCUCUCUGCUGCAGGAGCAGUUGGUCGUUCGAUACCGGGUCAUGAAAAGAAAGUGGCAGCAGUUCCUCCCUUCAUCUGUGCGGAUGCAUCUCAACGGCACAGACGCUGAGCUGGUCGCAGCUGUCCGGUACUUUGACCAGAGGCAGUUGGAGGCCCAGCAACAGACCCAGGACCAGACAGAGGAGGUCAGGGACAGACUGGCUUUCUUAGAGCUUCAGGCACAGAUAUUAUUCGAGCGGGUCACGUUUGACCAAGAGGAACUCAGGGAAGCCAUACGAAUCAUUGACAAGGACGCACCGAGAACUAACAGAGACCUGAGCUACUACCAGGGUGAAGGUUCAGGUAAUCUGUUAGUGCUGAGAGAUAUCCUCAUCACUUACGCUGCGUUUCAUCCAGAGGUCAGUUAUGCCCAGGGAAUGAAUGACCUGUGCAGCCGGUUCCUAGAGGUUCUUGACUCGGAGGUUGACACGUUCUGGAGUUUCUCCUGCUACAUGGAGAAAUUCUCCAAGGACUUCAGAGCUGAUGGUCUGCACAGAAAAAUAGAGUUGGAGGCAGACCUGCUGAAGGAACUGGACCCACAGCUUUACACUCACUUAGUCACAGACAGCAUGGAGAGCUUCACCUUCUGCCACAGGUGGCUGCUGCUGGGUUUUCAAAGGGAGUUUGAACACAGCGACGCACUACGCUUGUUCGAGAUCCUGAGCUGUGACCACCUGGAGCUCAUCUCCCAGCAAGUAGACCGAGCCAGGUAUCAGGAGCGGCUGGCACUGAAACACAACACAGAGGACAGUCCAGAGUCAGAGCUGCAGGCCGUCAAUACUGACUUCACCUUUGAGCUCUUCAUCUGUGCAGCCAUCCUGCUAGAGAACCGCGAGUCUCUGCUGCAGUGUCGAGACGAAGUGCAGCUCAUCCAGUUCACUACCAGCCUUCAGGGAACACUGGACCUGAAUAGCACACUGAAGAAAGCAGAGCAGCAUUUCUACAACUACUGCAAACGCUGUGCUUGGGAUUACAUGAACGGACACUGCAGAGAACACAAAAGCAAAGAAGAGGACUUUCUUUAUCAAAUCCGCAGUUUAUUUGUGUUGAGGUGAAAGCUGCUAUUUUAACACUUAAUCUUAAGAACUCUUAUGAAACAUGGAAAGUAUGGGACACACUAUAUAAUCCCCAUGUGGAGUUUUGAUGGAACAUAAACACAAAGGCUUUAUUUUCUGAGGGAAAUGCACUGAUGUUCUGAUGGCUGCUUACCUGUGUAUUAUAUCAAUGUACAGUAUUUAUUGUAUUGAAGUUAAUCAACACCAAUUCUGAGUCACUCUCGUUGUUCUCCUAUAUCAUGAAUAUGAAAGAGCUUUGUGUGUUAAAGCUUAAUGUUCAGUGUGUAGAAUUUAGUGACAUCCAGUGGUAAAAUUGCAUGGUGUUUAAAAAGGUGUUUAGUUUGUCCAUUUUGGGCUACUGUAAAAAACAUGGCGGCCCCAAUAGAGAGGACCCUCUACUGAUGUAAAUAUAAAGUAUUUAAAUGUAAAGGGCCCAUUCUACAGUGAAGAAAACAACAAUUACUACAAUUUAGAUGAAACAUUCCAAUGAAAACAUCACUAGGAUUAUUUUAUAUUCAAUUUCUGCCAAUAGAUCUCUUUCACCUAAAUCUUACACACUGGCCGUUAAAAGAUUCGUUCUUCUGGGUUACGCAACCAUCAACUGCUCGAAGGAAACCACUACUUGGCAGACAUAUUCGUAUCCUGAUAUGUGGCGUGUCACAACAGGUGGUGUCUGUAACGGACUGCAGUUACUUACAGUGAAUGUUAUGCCAAAUGGCACAUGUGUCAGAGAAUAACAAGAAUAGACAUCCAGCUUGUGAGCUGUGGAGGAAUUGUGCAGAAAAUGGCGGACAACCUACUGCACAACACUUACACAAUUAUCUGAUACCUCAUUAAAACAGCUGGAUAUUCUUUA